CCAGGACACCUCCCCGCGCCCUCCCUGCCCGCCUCUCCGCUUUCCCCCUCCCCGCCGCCCCCCGCGCGCGUGGCGCGCGCGCGCGCCCGCGCCGGCCCGCUCCUCCUUACGCUGGGAGCGCCGAGGUCGGCCGAGCAGCGGGAGGCGUGCCGGCAGCUGUUCUGCCACCUCCGCGGUCCGAAGCUGAAGGCCUUCCUCGGAGACCUGACAUCGAUCGCGAACGGCCUGCAGACCACGGACGUGCUGCUGGCGUACCAGCUGCCCGGGCAGGAGGCGCCCGGCCCGCGGGCGCCGAUCACCGUGUGCUGAGCCGGGCGGCGGCGUGUCCCCGCGCAUCGGUCCCUAAAGGCCCCGGGGCUCGAAGCCCGGCGCUCUCUCGCCGAGGCCCGCCGGGGUCUCGGGGCGGCCCCGCCCACCUCGAGGCCCUCCCGCGGUGCGCCCGCGGCCGCCGCGGCGGUCCCCGCGCGAGGCCCGCCAGGGGACCUCCUCCUCCUCCUCCUCCUCC